CGGAAGUGAAGUUGAUUGAAGUGAAGGAACACAAAAGUUUUCGAAUUGUAGUACAAAGCAAUCAAAACACUGUAAUUAGUCAGGAAUGAGGACAUUACAGGCAAAGGUCCAACUCGGCACAAAUGGAUGAGGAAUUACGUAAGGUUGACCUAGGCGCACUGCGAAGGAAAUUUGAAACCGAGUCUCAUGUUGGACGCGUCGAUAAAAGACAGAGCGCCAUUGAAGUUUCAAAGUCGCAGUUUGAGUUGACGUCAAAAGCUGGUGCGGGAAACUCUGAUGGGGUGCGGCGUAGGGUGGCCAAACCACCUAUGACCCAGCGGAGAAGCUCUGAACCAGACAUGAUAGACAAACCUGUGAUUUCUCCAAAACCUUUAUGGGUGUCGAAGAAACCAAUGGGUGGUGAGGUUCAGGCGGGCACACCGGUGAAUUUUGGCUCAAAUGUUGCUGUCAAACCCCAACUGCAGCUGAGAAGCAAAGGGGUCAUUGAGAAACAUGCAAAGCUUUUCGGACAAUCUGGACUCUCUGUUGUUCCGAGUCCUAGUGAAAGUGACUCUUCAGUUAGUAAGGCACUAAGGAGUAUAUUGCCGUCACAUCCUGUGUUAGCAAAGGUGGUGCCGUCUGUCGCUGAAAACGAUCAUGAGGCUUCCGUCGAUAAGGAACCGAGGAGAACUAGCGAAAAUGACACCUCUGUUAAAAAUGCUUUACUGAAAGUGGCCAUGUCACACCCUGUGUUAACUAAAGUGCAGCCAUCUGGUGGACUCGAUGCAAAAGACAAACCGGUGCGGCCAUCUGGUGGACUCGAUGUGAAAGGAAAGCCAGUGCGGCCAUCUGGUGGACUUGAUGUGAAAGACAAGACAGUGGGGCCAUCUGGUGGACGUGAUGCAAAAGACAAACCUACUCCCACGCCAAGACGUCAACUGAACAUUGUUACGAGUCCGGAAUCAAAGACAAAGCAAGAAGACAAUGAAAUAUCUGUUCAAUCUAAAAAGAAACUGUUUGAAAAUCCAGACAACAAAGUAGACAUUAACCUGGGGCCGAAGUCUGAAGAAACUGAUAAACAAUCUUUUAAUGCCGUGCUCCGCAAAAUGCAAGCUGCCAAGAUUGGUGAUCAGUCGAGGGGUAUUAAGAUGGAGUUGGGUCUUUCAAACGGAGUGAAAACUGACUCUAACAUUGAAACCAAGAGGGUGCCUCCGCAAAAGCCCAAUAGAACAUUCGCGCACGAUAUUUAUCAGGAGGGUAAGAUGCAACGCCAGUCUGCGUUAUCAACGAUGGACCAAACUGGCGAACGACCAGAGGAAGAGGUAUUUGGGAUGGUGGAUUUCCGGACCAGGGGUGUGAUUGUCGGUGAGGAGGAUGGCUUCAUUUCACAGGACAGACCUGACAGAGGCGCUGAUAUCGGUGACGUCACCCUGGGGUCGGAUUCCUCGUUUCAUGAUUACGAGGACGUGAAUUUGAGAACGAGUAUCACCCAACCGCUGCCUCCUGGUUGCCGGCCUGCGCUACCAAUACCGACUAAAAGAAAUAUCGGCACUCCGAAGAAAUAUCUUUUUGCCGAUGACUAUAAUACUAUGGAGCGUUUUCAAGUGCGAAGCUGGGGGGCGGGUAACUCAAGUACGAAAUCGAACAAAUCGGAUUUCUCCCAACGUAGUAACAGCGAUGAAUGUUUAUAUUCGCAUACUUAUGAGAUCGCAGCUCCAGCGGAAUACGUGGAUCCGACAGAUUUGUUUGCCAGGCCACCACAGGGGAAGAUCCCAGGGUUCCCCGAUGUUGAGAUUGACGAAUACGGCUAUGCUCUACCGCAGCACUCCAAACUGAAGACGCCGCUUUUUAUGUCGAGAUCUUUGGACGGGGCAUUCAGGUGGUUGCUGUGUUCUCAUGGUACAGGCGCCCGGCACACCAAAUUCCAGCCGCCAACCCAGCGACCCCCGGGCAUACCAAAAGAUUCAAAAGACGUCGUGAAGCGGCCGAAAGUAAUAACUGCCAAGAAGAAGAGCCCGAAGGCCGAGGAGAGGGAUAGCUUCCCCACGUAUGUUAAGAAAGAUGACCUGACAAGUAAGGCGUCGUUGGAUUACGUGAAGACUUACAGGAGAAAACCUGCGAUACGACAGAAGAUCGGCCAGGCCUUCUCGAUCCUACGCCGUAACGUAACGGAUGAUGUUGAUGGCGAUUACGAACCGAGCGUAGACAACCGGGAGGAUGAUCGUCAAUCAAGGUUUUUCACAAUCAUAGAAGAAGAUGACAGUGAAAGCGAAAUCGACAUUCAAGACCUUCAACGACGCAUCCAACAUGUCACCAGUAUCAAAGAGAAAAACCAAUCGAUCUACGAGAGGGUACGAGCAUUCAGGGAGAGGAUCUACCCGCAGUUGUUCGACUACGCCGUCAUCGUUGGACUUGAGAUGGUCAACGGAAACUGCCAGCCGGUUGUGUUGCAUAAAUUCCCGCAUCAUGUUGACCCAGAAAAGACGUCCAUCCCAGAAUUCUGUUUCCCAGACAAAGAUGUCUUGAUACCCGUCACCAAAUAUGACAGUGAGAAUUUCUCGUUUGUCCUGACGAGUUGUGACGGCCGUCGAGAUUAUGGAUACUGUAAACGGAUGUUACCGCCCGGGCGCGGUGCCCGCCUACCAGAAGUCAUUUGUAUCGUCAGCCCGCUGGGCGCGCAUACACUCUACACCCAGGUGCUGGAUCACGCCGAGAAGCGACGUAACGUUUCUAACGACUACGUGAUGGAAUUAAUCGCAGCGACAUACGGGAAGCCGUUGCCUUGUCUCGGGCGAUCAAUAGAUGUCAACAGCAUGAAUACUCAGGGAACAUUAGAAACAUUGACACUCAGUAGACAGGAGGAUACCAGGAUGGAGAAUGUUAACUUUGAAUACUUAUUCUCGUGUCUUGGAAUAGAAAAUGUCCUUCAGGUAUUCUCAGCCAUAUUAUUAGAAAGGAGGACACUUUUUAGUGCGUCGAAAUUGAGUACUCUCUCCAACUGCAUCCACGCGUUGGCCGGUCUCCUCUACCCAUUCCAGUGGCAGCACACGUUCAUUCCCGUCUUGCCCGCGGCCCUCCUGGACAUCACAUGCGCGCCCACACCCUACAUCAUCGGCAUCAUGUCGCCGUACUUGCCGCAGAUCGACGACUUGCCAACUGAAGAAGUAUUAAUCAUCGACUUGGACAAGGCGUGUUUAUUACGGACGUGUGAUGACGAGACAACGAUCUUACCGAGAAAAUUACAGAAAGCGUUGAUUGGGGCUCUAACCAUGGCAAUGGAGGACUCAGAUGGCCAGAAAAACGUGUUGAUCAGCGAAGCAUUUGUACGACUGUUUGUUGAAUCGAUAGGACAUUUCGAGGAGCAUAUAGGUGUGCAGCAAGAUGGGAAGAAAGUCUUCCAAAAGGACUCGUUCUGUAAAGCCGUGUCGUCGAAAAGUUUACGCAUGUUUCUCGAGUGGUUCUGUGAGACGCAGAUGUUCCAUAUAUUCGUUGAUGACCACUUGGAUGGACAACAGAGAGAAAAAGGACUAUUCGAUGCCAGGAUCUCAGAGUACAAGCAAGAACUAGCCAGUAUGCCACCAACAACUUGGAAUAACUUCCGUGAAAAACUACGUAAUAUUGGCAAGGCGAUUAAGACAAAUAUUAAAAGUGCUGGUGACCAAAAGAAGAAAGCAACGUGAGGUUGAUUCAUUGGAUGCUGAUAAGGUUGAUACGUUGAUAUGUUGGAUGCUGAUUCAUUAAUACGUUGGAUUAAUGCUGGUGUUCUAUGAAAUGAUUGAAAGGUAGUCACAACCAUGAGCAAAGGUCAUCACUGUGAGUGGUGGUCCCAACUUCAAGGGCAUUUUAAUUCUGUUGGUGAUCCCAAUGUGGAAUGAUCGAUUUGAAAGAAUGACGUGGAAACGUUUCUUCUGGUAUUCAUUUUAGGGGAGCAUGUCUUGUUGAUAAUCUCAAUUGGCACAAAUAGUUGUUGGAAACUUUUACCUGUGUAUUAUAGCUAAAGACAGAAAGACAACCUACAAACUUACUCUUAAGGUCAAUGUACUCAAGUAUGUGUCCUAGGGAAAAGUUGCUGCCUAUUUUGUGAUGGUACCCUUGUUGUAUUAGCUUUUGAUCAAAGCCAAGCUAUUUUCCCAACGGUAGAAAGCAAAAUUCAGUAUGGCGAGGACAUUUUGAGUAUGCCUCUUUGCAGCUGAGCUAUAUGGUGCUGUCUUAUGAUAAGUUCAUAACACAAUGAAAUGCAGUGAUAUAUUGUUUGAUUAGCAUUUCAGAGCAGGUACAUGAUUAUGGUAGAUGGUAGUCUUGCAUAGUUUUUAUCGAACACAACGCUUUGAACUACUCCUCAGUUUGUUCCGAAGUGAAUAUUGAACUAGUUGGCUCUACCAAUUAUGGUUCAAUACACCUGAUUAGGGUACCUUGUUGAUAAACAGUUGCCUGUCUCCAGGUAAACAUUCAAUCUAAUGUACAGUGCUUGAUAUGGACUCGCAACAAUGAUUGAAAUGAGGGCUGUAUGAAAUAUUUCUCAACAGUUCUGACCACACUAUAGUCGUGUAUUAUUCAAGUGUAUAACCUUAGAUGCUGUCCAUUCUAGAUAGGUAAAUGGUAACUCUCUCACUACCACACCUGGAAUGUACCUGGUCCACGCACUGCGAACUACUGGUCCACUGUAAUGCGUAUUGCUAAAUUUUCCUCAAAUUGUAUCGUUCAACCACAGUCCCUUUAAGUCUUUGGUCGGUUACACCUGUGAAAACGAGAUGGCAGCAUUGUACUCAAUUCAAUGCAGACCUCAUCCUUAAGAUUGGGUACUGCCGGCUAUUUUACAAUGGAACUUUUCCUAAGCCAAGUUGGGAUCCAGGCUGCCCAGCCUGUACCUGGUGUGGGCCAGGGGUUACGGUACACUUCAAAAACCCUGCGGUAGUGAAAGGGUUAAUGUGUCCGACAUUGUGGAAUACUGGUAUAUCAGUGUUCACUUCAGUGUUCACUCCAGUGUUCACCCCAGUGUUCACUGACUAGUAUACAAUCGUACACCGUGUCUCUCUAAUAUCCUAAUACCUGUUGAAUCGAAAUUCUGUAUCCAAGUAAUACAUGUGGAGAAAAUUUGUAUUUUAUGUCAACAUGCUAGCUAUAGUUUCAAAUGUCUAUGUGAUAUACUCAGAUGAAAACUCCAGUAUUACUACUCAAGCACAUGUACAUGUAGUUCACAAUUGUACAUGUAAGGUAGAGUGGGGUAAUUGUAACCCCGGUUUAAUUGUAGCCCCUGCCUAUGAUAUUGAUUGAUAUCCCCAUGCAUAAAACAAUGCAGGGACUACAAUUACCCCAUUCUACCCUAUAAGAUGCUGUACAAAUUUUGUCAAUGUUAUGAAUUUGGAAAUGGCCGAUACCAAAUCAUAUGACGAGCGUUGCGGCCCUCCCGGUGCAUGUAGUAUAUUUUCCUUUACGACUCUGAAAAAAUCAGUAUUUUGUACGCAGAUUAUUUUUAUGGCCAAGUACUAUAGAUGUUGAAGCUACUACAGAGAAAGUGACAUUUCGGAAACUUUAUCUCUGUGACAUUUCCAUUGGCAAAGACAGUGUCAGUCACUGGUUGAAAGAAAGCCGAUAUCUCGUGAUGCAACUACAUGUACAAUCAAAAAAUGAUAUAAACUUCCAUGUACCCAUUGUUCAAGCUAGUGUGCACCGGUAUAAUGAAUAUGGGUGCUUUUAGCUAUGCAAGUUUCUGUAAGAUGUGUGCUUGAACUGCUGGCAAAGUUAUUUAAAAAAAAGAUA